UUUGCUCUUUCACUGCAAUCAAAAGCAUUCUUAGCUUUUAGGUAAACCCUACUGACUACUCUGGUGAGGCAUUUUCAAGAGCAUAGAACCGUCCUUUUCGCUAGCAAAAGAAGAUGCUGUUUAAUUUGAGGAUCCUGUUGAACAAUGCAGCUCUUAGAAAUGGUCACAGUUUUGUGGUUCGAAAUUUUCGAUGUGGACAACCACUACAAAAUAAAGUACAGCUGAAGGGUCGUGACCUCCUCACUCUAAAGGACUUUACAGGAGAAGAAAUUAAGUAUAUGCUAUGGCUAUCAGCAGAUUUGAAAUUUAGGAUAAAACAAAAAGGAGAGUAUUUGCCUUUGUUGCAAGGCAAGGCUUUAAGCAUGAUUUUUGAAAAAAGAAGUACUCGAACAAGAUUGUCCACAGAAACAGGCUUUGCACUUCUGGGAGGUCACCCUUGUUUUCUUACGACCCAAGAUAUUCACUUGGGUGUGAAUGAAAGUCUCACGGACACAGCCCGUGUGUUAUCUAGCAUGACAGAUGCAGUGUUGGCUCGAGUAUAUAAACAAUCAGAUCUGGACAUCCUGGCUAAAGAAGCAUCCAUCCCCAUCGUCAAUGGGCUGUCAGAUUUGUACCAUCCUAUCCAGAUCCUGGCUGAUUACCUUACGCUCCAGGAACACUAUGGCUCUCUGAAAGGCCUUACCCUCAGCUGGAUUGGGGAUGGGAACAACAUCUUGCACUCCAUCAUGAUGAGUGCAGCAAAAUUCGGAAUGCACAUUCAGGCAGCUACUCCAAAGGGUUAUGAGCCGGAUCCCAGUGUAAUCAAGUUAGCAGAGCGGUAUGCCAAGGAGAACAAUACCAAACUGUCACUGACGAAUGAUCCAUUGGAAGCGGCUCGUGGAGGCAAUGUAUUAAUUACAGACACUUGGAUAAGCAUGGGACAAGAAGAGGAGAAGAAAAAGCGGCUCCAGGCUUUCCAAGGUUACCAGGUUACAAUGAAGACUGCUAAAGUUGCUGCCUCUGACUGGACAUUUUUACACUGCUUGCCCAGAAAGCCAGAAGAAGUGGAUGAUGAAGUGUUUUAUUCUCCACGAUCACUAGUAUUCCCAGAGGCUGAAAACAGAAAGUGGACAAUCAUGGCUGUCAUGGUAUCCCUGCUGACAGAUUAUUCACCUCAGCUCCAGAAGCCAAAGUUUUAAUGCUGUGAUGCUUGUCAAGGGAGAAACGAUGUUUUCCAGUAACAGAAUGAGUCAGUUUUUGGGGGAAGGAGAAGAGAAUAUAAGAGAAAUAAACAAAUCUUGAUACAUGGUAUAGGUGAACAAUAUGAUGUUGCUUUGCCAUUGUGAAACUUUCUUAAAGUCCUUAAUUUAAAUAUUGAUGCCUUGUAAUACAUGCCUUGACUUGAUUUUAACUAAUUUGCAAUUUCUGAGUUACAUUUUGUCAUCAUAUUAAUAAUCAUAUAUAUUUACCUCAACUAAACAUAAAAUACUAUGUUCAGAAUAUGUAAUGUCUAAGCCAUUAACUGUAAUCUAUGCUUAUUACCUUAAUAAAUUAUUACCCACACAAAUCUCUAAGUAAACAUUUACCAGAGAGUCAGCUGCUAGUAGAUCUGUGGGCUGUGUUCAUAUUCCCCAGGACCAACAAAGAAACCAAAUGAUUCAUCUUACUGAUAUAUCGCAAUUUUCAGGCAAAUGAGGUAGACAGACUUUCGCUUAUGGAGGCAAGUGAUGAAAUUCUUAGAAAACAGCUAUAACUAUGCCUAAACUCUGGAGCUUUUUCCAGUCACUUGUGGGAAGGAUGGUCCUUCUAGAGCACACAUCUCUUUUCUGUAAUGAAUACUUAAUGUUACAACACUAAGGAAACAUUUGUGAAGAGUGGUAAAACCAUGGAUACCUAGCUAGCAAUGUACGAGCCAUUAGAGAGUAACAUUUUUAUAGGUUCAAAUUCUUCAGCAGGAGAAUUUAAUUUUUUCGUGUUUGUGCUUAUCAUGCAUCUACUCACACUACACACUAGAUAUUUUCAUAAAUCCACUACUUGCUAUAUUGUAGCCCAACCUUCCUCCAGUUUUUCUUCAGGAUAAUAAAAUUUGCAUACUGGAUUAUUAUAAUGUAAUUAAAGCUAGUGUCUCUUGUAAGUGAUUAAAAUAUGAAAUGUUGAAUUAUUAUGAUAUAAUUUGAAAAUUUUUAGUUAAAAUUUAAAUAACAUAAUUGGAACUUUAAAAAUAAUGUAUUUUCCAGAGGACAAAAAAAGUAAUUACCUGUACAUUCUACCUCCCCCAUUAGAAGAAUGUUUUCAGGCUUGUCGACUGAUAUUUUUCAGCAGAUAUCUAUGACUUAAAAAUGAGUAAGUAAGAGAUGAAUUACAAAUUAGACUUGCAAUGAAGAUGCAAUAACACAUUUUGUAGGGAAAAAGGCUCAUAAUGUUACAGGGGAAAAAUCAUUUUCUCUGGUAAAUAUCAAAGGUGAUUUUUGCGUCUGUGGUAGUUUAUAAGGACCACUUAAGAAAGAGGGGAGUUUAAUGGACUAUAUUCUUUCAGCAGAGGGCAUAGGAAUGAAUUAAGCAGAAGGUAUCAUGUGGAUUGUUGAGCCUCUCCCUGAAACUGCCUACAUGUAAAGGACAAAAUCCUGAGUAUCCUUCCACUUUCUAAGUGGUUCCUCAUGGUAAUGAGCUGUCAUGUUUUUAUUAGUUAUUCUUUGAACCAAGUGGAAGUUUAAUUUCCACCCCUCAAUAAGAAAGAACUUAUAAUCAUUUUCUUGGUAACAUAUAGUCACUUUACCUCAAAAAGUCCUAAAUCUUUCUUUAUCAUGUAUACAAAAUUUAAUAUAUUUCUCAACUCAAAUCUGUAAAAA